CACGCCGUCGCGCACGACCUUCCGACCGCCGCACCUCCUCCCUCCCUUCCUGCACGCACGCCUGCGCCAUCGCCGCCCGCCUCCCGCACGGUCGAGCCGACGCCGACAUGGAAGGCGUUCAGCGCGUUUGACGAGCGCGACAAGGCCGAUCUCUUCUCGGCCCUCGACUCGUUCUUCGGCGCACGACUCGAGAUCACCACCACGAGCUACACGACCGAGGUCGACGAGGACGAGGAGCCGCACGCCGUCGAGCCAGCGCCGUACCUCCCUCCGUCUCGAGCGGCCGCCCCGCCGCCCGUCGCGAGCGCAAGUCGCCCUCGACUCGCACCAGCGUCAUCCUCCCUCUCGUCGUCGCCAGCUCCCGACCGCUUCGCCCCGACGCCCAAACCGCCCGAGCUGCACGUCCCGUCGUACCCUCCCCGCGAGUCGCACUCGUCGGCCGCCCUCUCGCUCCUCCACUACCUCACCUCGCACCUCUUCUCGUCGCCCUGGUUCGUCCACUCGCCCUCGCCGACCUCGUCCCCGCUCCCGCCCCCACUCGUCGGCCGCACCGACCUGCGCUUCACCGCGUCGUGGUCGCAGCGCAACUCGCUCAAGCAGCACGUCGGCGUCGCCCUCUUUGCCGACGCUUCGGUCGCGUGGUGGCGCAUCUCGUGGACGGCCGAGUCGGAGCGCGCAGGGCGGGCGCACCUCGACGCCGAGCGCGACGCGAGGUACCGCCCGCGGCCGGACGUCGCGAGCUGGGACGCGCACGCCCUGUACGCGCACAGCGAGGCGCUCGGCGCGGCCGUCGCAAGCUUUGCCGAGGACGCGGUCGAGCGCGGCGAGCCCGUCGCGAGGGGCGAGUGCUGGGACCUUGCGAGCGAGGCGCUCGGCGCGGCGGGCGCGGCGGCGAGCGGCGGCGACAAGGCGUUCCCGAGCAUCGGGAGGACGCACGGCGCGUUGCUGUACCAUGCGGCGGCGGGGCAAGACGGGACGUGGACGGGAGGGGACGCGUACGUGCGCGCGGGCGACGUCGUCGAGUGGAGGUCGGUGCGGAUCUGCGAGGUCGGUGCGCGGCGGGGCGAGUACAUGAUGCUCGGCGAUCCAGAUGUACGCCUUCUCUAG